AACCCUUACCCCUUUGCAUAAAAUCAAUUGAUAACUGGUCUCAUUCACCAAAAAUAUCAAGACAGAAAGUCGCCUGUCCCUUGCAAUAAGUUGGGUUUUUGGGAGAUCUCUAAUCGUUGACAUUUGGAAUUGGGUUUUGCUUGGCCCAUAAGAAAAUUUCCUGUUAAUGGGUAUUUCAUAUCUAGCCCAUCAGGAAAAAAAAAUAGAGAAAUGAGAACAAAUUUCCAACGAAUUCCCUUCUCCGACUCUGUCGGAUCUUGAGACAUUCCAAUUUGGAAUGUUUCUGUUCCCUUACAUCUCCACAAACAAAGCUUAAUCUUCUCCAUUGUUUUUUAUCUUCAAUCUAUCAAAACUACAAUAUCAAAAACUGUCCUCGUAAAGCAUUUUCUUCUCUCGUUUCCACUCAAACCAAAAUGGGAAUAGGAGGAAAGUAUCGUAGUAACAAGCGUUCAUCCUCAGUUUCAUAUGCAUCAACCGUGACUACUGUAGUUUUUGUAACCUUAUGUGUUUUUGGUGUAUGGAUGCUCACUUCCAACUCCGUUUCACCCCGACAAACAACCACCACUCGCACCGCCACUGACACCAAUGCCGUCGACAAUGCGGUUUCUUCUUCAAAUGAAGAACAAACCUCAAAAAAUAUUAAUGAUGAGAAAGACAAAGCUGUCUUUGAAGAUAAUCCAGGCCAACUCCCUGAUGAUGCCAUCAAACCUGACAACGAUGGGAAGUCCGAGGAUGAUAAAGCAAGCGAAUCGGAUGAGGAUACAGGGAAAGAAGGUGCAGCUGUUGAGGAGAACCAACAAGUUUUAGAGGGAAAAGAAUCAGUUGAAGAGCAGGAGAAGCAUAAACUUGGUGAAACUCAAAUAUCAGGGGAAAGUGUAUUGACUCAAAACCAACAAUCGGAGCAAACCAGCCCGAAGGAAUUUGAAGAAAAUAAGCAGACGAGAAAUGAAGAAACUGAAAAUCAAGAGGAAAACAACAAUCAGGAUUCAGAAGAAGAUCAAAGUCAAAGUGUGGAAAAGCAACAAGGAAAUGAGAAAUCAAAGGAAUGGCGGAAUCAAGAAUUGGAUCAUCUACAGCAACGGGGAGAUAAGCAAAAGCAAGACGUUGAAAACAAUGAGGAAACACAAGAAACAAAAAUUGCGAAAACAAAGGAAGAUAAUCAAGAGACUUCGAAGAAUGACGUUAAUGAAUUAGAAGAUGAUCAACAAAAGGGAAACAAACAACAAAGUCAAGAGCAACAAGAGUUACAAAUGCAAGGGAUUGCAAACACCACUUUUAGCGACGAAACUAAGGAUAAACAGAAAGAAAUUCUUAACGCAACUCAAACUGAUACGUUCCAAAAUUUACUUAAGACAUCAACUUCGAAUCAGGAGGCAACAGAGAAAGACACCCAAAGUGAAUUUCAGAAUCAGGAAACUCAACAACAGGACUCCCCAAAAGAAGAAAAUCCGAAUGACUCAAACUCGGAAGAGCCGUUAGGAAGUUCUAUUCCAAAAGAGUCCAACGAGUCGAAGAAGUCCUGGAAGACGCAGAAGACUCAAUCAGAGAACGAGAAGGAGAGGCAGAAGGACGAAUCAAACGGUAAAGCGAGCAUCUAUGGUUACACUUGGCAGUUAUGUAACGUCACUGCUGGUCCUGAUUACAUACCAUGUUUGGACAACGAGAAAGCAUUGAAGAAAUUACAUAGUACCAGGCACUUCGAGCAUCGGGAGAGGCAUUGCCCUGAGGAGGGUCCAACGUGUUUGGUCUCACUCCCGGAGGGAUACAAAAAACCCAUCUCCUGGCCCCAAAGCAGAGAUAAGAUAUGGUACCAUAAUGUACCACAUACGAAGCUGGCUGAGGUGAAAGGGCACCAGAACUGGGUUAAAGUGAGUGGUGAAUUCUUAACUUUCCCUGGGGGAGGAACCCAGUUCAUCCAUGGCGCACUCCACUACAUCGACUUUCUGCAACAAUCAGUACCUGACAUUAAAUGGGGUAAGCACACCAGAGUCGUCCUGGAUGUUGGAUGUGGUGUUGCCAGCUUUGGAGGAUAUCUUUUCGAUAGAAAUGUUCUGACAAUGUCUUUUGCCCCCAAAGAUGAGCAUGAAGCUCAAGUUCAAUUUGCCCUUGAAAGAGGAAUUCCUGCAAUAUCAGCUGUGAUGGGUUCUCAGAGGCUACCAUUUCCUUCUAGGGUCUUUGAUAUAGUGCACUGUGCACGUUGUAGAGUGCCUUGGCAUGCAGAAGGUGGUUUGCUUCUGCUAGAACUGAACCGUGUUCUGAGACCUGGAGGAUAUUUUGUCUGGUCAGCCACCCCUGUCUACCAGAAGCUUCCAGAGGAUAUGCAAAUAUGGAGGGCAAUGUCGUCCCUGACCGAGUCCAUGUGUUGGAAGCUUGUGACCAUCAAAAAGGACAAAUUGAAUUCCAUUGGUGUUGCUGUCUUCCGCAAACCUACCUCAAAUGAAUGCUAUGACAAAAGGCAGGAUAAUAGUCCUCCGAUGUGUAAAAAUAGUGACGAUGCAAAUGCUGUCUGGCAUGUGCCUCUGCAGGCAUGCAUGCACCGCGUGCCAGUAAAUCAGGCUGAAAGAGGGGCACGAUGGCCUGCAAAUUGGCCAGGCCGGCUGCAGAAAGCUCCUUACUGGUUGAACAGCUCGCAGAUGGGGAUUUACGGGAAACCAGCUCCUCAAGAUUUUGUGAGAGACUAUGAACACUGGACACGAGUGGUAAGAAAGCUGUAUAUGAGCGGAUUGGGAAUCAGUUGGUCUAAUGUUAGAAAUGUGAUGGACAUGAGAGCUGUUUAUGGAGGGUUUGCAGCAGCUUUGAAGGACAUUGAAAUGUGGGUGUUAAAUGUGGUGAACUUUGAUUCUCCAGAUACACUUCCAAUAAUCUAUGAACGUGGUCUUUUUGGAAUAUACCAUGAUUGGUGUGAGUCCUUUAGCACAUACCCUCGAUCAUACGAUCUUCUGCACGCUGAUCAUCUUUUCUCCAAGCUGAAAAAGAGGUGCAAACUUGAACCGGUGAUGGCAGAGGUUGAUAGAAUAGUCAGACCAGGAGGAAAAUUGAUUGUUCGUGAUGAAUCAAAGGCCAUUGGGGAAGUUGAGAACUUGUUGAAGUGUCUGCACUGGGAGAUUCAUUUAACUUUCUCUAAAAAUCAAGAAGGAAUUCUCAGCGCUCAGAAAGGUGAUUGGCGGCCAACAACGUAUCAAGCUUCCUCCUAACGACUUUUUCGGCUGGCUCCAGUGACAUUCACCAUUUUUUUUCUCUAGAAUUAUAAUCAUAUCAUAGAGAAACACUGUAACUUGAAACGAGCAGAAUUUAUCAGGUUCAAGUAAUCGAUUCCUCGUUUUCGUUUAUCAGGUUCAAGUAAACCCUUGAGCUGGAUCUUCCUCCAGGCAACAUUUAUAGUUCUUCCAUAAUUUUGAAGGUUUCACCUUAGUCUUCUUUAAAGGGCUAGACUUUAAUGUGAUCUUAUGCUUAUCUUUAAUUCUUUAUUUCUUGUCUCUUCUCAUAAUUAUUGUUGAGUGAUCAUUUUUAAUACAGCAGCUACCUAAA